CGCAAUGUGAUGACUGCAGUGCUGAGCUUGCCUCCUGGGGACAUUUACAACCUUUCAGUGACUGCUUGUACUGAAAGAGGCAGCAAUACUUCCAUGCCCCAACUUGUGAAAUUGGAACCAGCCCCUCCAAAAUCACUGUUUGCUGUCAACAAGACUCAGACCUCUGUGACUCUGCUGUGGGUGGAAGAAGGAGUAGCUGAUUUCUUUGAAGUCUACUGCCAGCAGGCUGGAUCUGGCCAGGAAACAAAAGCCCAGGAACCUGUCACUGUCUCUUCACACGUUGUCACCAUUUCCAGCCUGACCCCUGCCACUUCCUACAACUGCAGCGUGACCACCUUCAGCCACAACAGCCCCAGCAUCCCCACCUUCAUCUCCGUUUCCACCAUGGUCACUGAGAUGAACCCCAAUGUCGUGGUCAUCUCCGUGUUGGCCAUCCUCAGCAUCCUCCUGAUUGGACUGCUGCUGGUCACUCUUGUUGUACUCAGGAGAAAACACCUACAAAUGGCCAGGGAGUGCGGGGCUGGGACCUUUGUGAAUUUUGCAUCUUUAGAGAGGGAUGGAAAGCUCCCCUAUAACUGGCGUAGAAGUGUAUUUGCUUUCCUAACUCUGCUACCCUCAUGCCUUUGGACUGAUUAUCUUUUGGCAUUUUAUGUUAAUCCUUGGAGUAAAAAUGGAUUAAAGAAGAGAAAGCUGACCAACCCUGUCCAGCUGGACGAUUUUGACGGAUACAUCAAGGAUAUGGCCAAAGACUCAGAUUAUAAAUUUUCUCUGCAAUUUGAGGAGCUAAAACUGAUUGGGCUGGACAUCCCCCACUUUGCUGCUGAUCUCCCCAUGAAUCGCUGUAAGAAUCGCUACACAAAUAUCCUGCCAUAUGAUUUCAGUCGUGUCCGCUUAGUCUCAAUGAAUGAAGAGGAAGGAUCUGACUACAUUAAUGCCAACUACAUCCCUGGUUAUAAUUCACCCCAGGAAUACAUUGCAACCCAAGGACCACUGCCAGAAACUAGGAAUGAUUUUUGGAAGAUGGUUCUCCAGCAAAAAUCACAAAUUAUUGUUAUGCUGACUCAGUGCAAUGAGAAAAGACGGGUGAAAUGUGACCACUACUGGCCUUUCACAGAAGAUCCUGUUGCAUAUGGGGAUAUCACAGUGGAGAUGCUGAGCGAGGAGGAGCACACGGACUGGGUGUACCGCAGCUUCCGGAUCAGCUACGCUGAUGAGGUGCAGGACGUGAUGCAUUUUAACUUCACUGCCUGGCCAGACCACGGCGUCCCCACCACCAACGCUGCCGAGAGCAUCCUCCAGUUUGUACAGAUGGUCAGGCAGAAAUCAGCAAAGACUAAAGGCCCCAUGGUCAUACACUGCAGCGCUGGCGUGGGGCGGACGGGAACGUUCAUCGCUCUGGACCGGCUCUUGCAGCACAUCCGUGACCACGAGUUUGUGGAUAUUUUGGGCCUGGUGUCGGACAUGAGGUCCUACAGAAUGUCCAUGGUGCAGACAGAGGAGCAGUACAUUUUUAUUCACCAGUGUGUGCAGCUGAUGUGGCAAAAGAAGAAGCAGCAGUUCUGCAUCAGUGAUGUCAUAUAUGAGAACGUCAGCAAGUCCUAGUUCAGAGUCACAGAUGGUGGGACCAUGAAGCACACCCAUCUUCCCUUGCUUCUGAUUUAUUUUGUGUUGAUGGUUUGAAGGGGCAGGUGUUGUGCCACGAGAGACCACUGCUUUGCAGUGCAUGGACAAUGAGGGAAAGAAACUUUUACCUUUCUGAAGCACUGGGGAGACAAAGCCUUAACGAGCCUGCGGUGUCUUUUGAACUGUUUAAUUUCUGGACAUUUUUUUUUAAAUACUGGACCAAAUUCAGCUGAACAACAUGAAGGAAAAGACACUAUAUUUGCAUAAAACAGAUUGUUCCAGAGUGUUGGGAUUUUGUUUGGUACUUUUGGGUAAUUUCUUUCAUAAUAUUUUUUUUUUCCUGUGCAGGUUGGGCUUAAGGUUAAAGUAAGUGCAAUAUUUUUUUAAUGGUUGACUGAAGAGCUUUCUUCAUGUGUCACUGGUCUGUCCCUAGGAGAGCAGGCAUUGUUAGUAUCUAAUAAUACCUCAUUAGUGAAUAGCGAGGCAUGAACAUACAUGAAGAAACCUGGAGAUUGUGAAAAGGGGCUGGGAGGGCAGGGGUGGGUGUUGCUGGCUCCAUGGAUUUGACUGUUCCCUUAGAGCACUGAUGGGGACUGUGUGGGGCCUGGGGGGAGCACGGGACCCAAGGAAGCACUGACGAGCAGAAAUCCCAGCUGUGAAGCUGAAACAGGCAGCUGAGGGAAGGGGUGGGUUUGUUUUUUGACUGGGCUGCCACUAAUUGAGCAGAGGGAUUGCUCUUUUUGCCAACCUUUUUUCAGUAAUGCCACUGAUCAGGCUCUUCUUUUAGAUGGAUCUAAUCACAGGGCAGCUGAGUUUCCAGCUGGGAUAUCUUAGCAUAUAUACUAUAGCAUUUAACUGUCUGAGCAGUCUACUGUGCCUAUACCCCUCACUCAUGUAUUGUUUUUAGUAAUUAUUAAACCUGUGUAAAAAUGUGAAGCUGGUUCAGGUUGGAGGGGUGGAAAAAAAAAAAACCCCACAAAAAGUGCUUUAAUAGACAUAACUAUUUUUCCUGAACCAGGAAUUUACAAUGUUACAAAUGCAAGGUUUUGGCAUGUGAAGGGCUGGUUUUCAAUUUGUUGCUACAAGGCUGCCAAAAUGUCAGUAUGGAUUCCUACAGGGCCUUUGGGGGCAGGGAGGGGGGCUCUUUUCUUUUUUGCUGUCCAUUUCAGUUCUAGUCAAAAUAAUUAUCUAUAUAUAUACAUAUAAUUUUUUUUUUUUGGUCUUUGUAUAAUGCCGGUACAUCAUUGUGUAUUGUGACAUGGAUGCUGUCAGAAUGGAUGUUUGAUGGCAUUUUUGUAACCUGUUGCUUUGUGUCACCUCAUUGGAAGUUAGCAGCAAUGGUACUCAAUGUAAACAAAGCAGACUUGAACUGAAAGUAAACACACUGGAUUGCUUA